UAAUAAUAAUAGUAAUAAUUAUUAUUGUUAAUGACAUUAUUAUUACCACUACUAUCGUCAUCGUUAAUAGUCUAAUCAGAAAAUUUAUUACAUUAUACAAUAAAAUAAAUCAUUUCAUGAAAUUAUAAUCAACGAUCCAUUCAACAAAUUUAUUCAGAUAUUCAUUACGUAACAUCGAAGAAGAAGAAGAAGAAAGGAACAUUCACAAAACAUCAGAUAAUCGACUGAUUAAAAAACUUCCAUUUUAUAAUAAUAAUUUAAACAUAUUUUGGAUAUAUUACCUGAUGAAAAUUGUUUUACAUAGUAAUAUAUAUAUUCAAUAUGUAUACAUUUGUAGAACAUUUCAGCUGAACAUAAAUCUUGAAGAAAAAGUUCAUUACUCAUCAAGUUGAAGUACUAAUUAUUCAUUGUAAAUAACUUCACCAUUUCAAAUCAAAUCGAUUAUCAAAAUUUCAUUUAUCCUCUUUGUUGAUAUAAGUGUCAUUGUUUUCAUUAAUGUUUUUUUUAUUCAAUAGUUGGAAAGGAAGAAUAAUUUAACAAGUUUAUUAUGUUUCCAAUGGAUAAUCGUCUUGGUCUUAAUUCUGCAUUUGAUAAUUUAUUUCCACGUUCAUUAGGUUCUUGUAUAACUAAUCCAUCACAAGUAGAUACAUUUCGAUCUGAAUGGAAUAGUAAUAAUAAUAUUAGUAACACUUUAACUCAAAAUACACUAUCUAAUAAUAAUAAUAAUACUGGUAAUAGUCUACAACUUACUAAUAAUACACAAUUACAUUCGAAUACACAACUGAAUUUACGUCAGUCUUCAUUAUCUACUUGUAAUAAUGAAUUUUCAAAUCCCACACUUUCAGUAUCAUCGUCAAGAGCAAAUGUUUUAGCUGCAGCAUUUUUCACUAAUUCUUUUACGGAUACAAAUCAAACUGAUUCACAAAUUUAUCAAAAUCCUUCUGGAUUUUCGAACACUUUUACUGGGUCAAUGAAUAUUACUAAUUCUAACAAGAGUAAUAAUAUACAUAGCGUUAACAGUAAUAAUAAUCAUAAUAAUGAUAACAAUGUUUAUAAUAUGAAAAUGAAUACUUUUCGAUCACGUUCAGAAUUUAAUCAUUUCGAUCUUGGAUCAAAUACUUCUCAUCCCAUUGACUUGUUUACUAAUUCUACCCAUUUUUCUUUACCUGGUACGAAUAUGAAUAAUAAUACAACAAUAAUUAGUACUAAUAAUCAACUUGGUCCUGGCAAUUCAUUGCACUUAAUUUCCUCGGCUCACAACAAUAAUAAUAAUAAUAAUAAUAAUGCCAAAGUAGAAUCACCUUACAAUAAAUCAAAUCAGCCAUGUGAAAUGGGUGCAUUUCAUCCAUUGGUUUCAAAUUAUUCACCGAUUAGUUUGUUAAAUUCAUCAAUACGAUAUCCUUUACGACAUUCUGCUUCAGAUAUUGCAAAUGCUGAAAAUCAACGUAUUGAUACGUCAAAUCCAUUUUUAGAUUUUCAUAAUCCUAAUUCUACAUCACUUACUAAUACAUCUAUGAUAAAUUCAGAAAUAAAUAACACUGUUAAUUCGCUAGAUAAUCAAACAAUUGAUUCACAUUUUAAAUCUAAUUACAAACAUUUUACAAAUAAAACAGCAGCUGAUGCAGUAGCUGUGGAAACUCCUUCUGUCGGUGGUGUGAAUAUUAGUGGUUACAAUAAUGCUAGUCUUAAUAUAACGUCACCUGAUAUGAUACGACAUAUGGGACAAAAUAUGACAGUUACAUCAUCGAAUAAUGCAGCAGUUGCCGUGGCUGCGAUUGCUGCCGCCGCAGCUGCUACAAAUUAUAUGGUAGCUAACACUGGAAUGUCUAAUUUUGGUGUUUCAUCACAUUUAAAUUUAAGUGGACAUAGCAGAGAAUCCGGAAUAGAUGGUAGUGAUAUGAUAUCACCAUCAUCAACACCAUGUGAAAGGCUGAAUAAACAAAAUAAUAAUAAUCAUCAAAUGGAGAAUAAUGUAAAUAUAGGAAAUCAUCUAAACAGUGGUGGUAGUAAUAAUAGUGUUAGAUCUUCAUUAUCUCCAACACAUAUAUGGCCAUGGAUGACUGUUGUAGGACCAAACUCAGUUCAGCGGCGUCGUGGUCGUCAAACAUACAGUCGGUAUCAAACUUUAGAAUUAGAAAAAGAGUUUCAAUACAGUCAUUAUUUAACACGGAGGAGACGAAUCGAAAUAGCCCAUAAUCUCUGUUUAACUGAGCGACAAAUCAAAAUUUGGUUUCAGAAUAGAAGAAUGAAAUUGAAGAAAGAACGCCAACAAAUCAAGGAAUUAAAUGACGAAACAAUUCGUCAAACAACUACAGAUCCCGUUCACCAUAGUCGACGUCAAAUGGGUUCAUCACAUCAAUACUUCGAAAUGAUGAAUUCUAACAACAAUAACAGUUAUUAUUCAACAACUUCUAAUCCAAGCAUUCUUGACUCAAAAGACAACUGUCAACUUGACUGUAAACCAUUGUCGUUACAUAAAAAAUCAGGUUUGAUUCCAAAAUUAUUGAGUAACAAUAUACAAUCAGAUCCGAUGAUUACGGGUGGAUUUUUACCAUCAGCUACUAGGGGUCUACAAUCAGCAGUAAGCUACCCUGGAAGUCAAGGUGGACUUGGUCAAGGGGACUCUGAGGAUUGCGAACCAAUGGAUAGUGAAGAUGAUGAGGAAGAAGAUGAUUUCUGUGAGUCAGACGACCUCCAAGGGCCUAAAGUUUCCAAAAUUGCACAUGAUUAUAAUAAUCCUCAUCUAAUGAGAACAAACAUACUGCGCGACAAAUAAUAUCAAUAAAAACUUGAACUUUUGUGUUUAGAAAAAGGCCAUGAAUACCAUCAAAUCAAUAACAAAUUAGCACACAUGACAUUCUUUUAUGUUUUAUCUGUAUGAACUUGAACUCUAGUUUGCCUAAUUUUUAUUCUUCCUCUUCAAUAUGUGUUAAGUUAAAAUAAACUGCUGUCAGUAAUCCACGAAACCUGUACCAGCUCUUUUACUGCUGACAUAUAAAACAUAUAAAGGAUAAAAAUGUCAAUACAAUUCCACAAAAUUUAAAAACUAUGUUCUACCUGUGUAGUAACUUGUACCAAAGACCUUUACCAAUUUUCUUAUUUAUGAAACACUACUUUCUAAAUUAAGUAGUAUGAAUAUAAAA